GAACUGACUUCGUGUAUUGUUUUCGUCUGCAGGUCUAGCAGCAGAGUUCAACUUGCAAUUGACAAGCUGAAGGCGCCUCUAUAAAAUCGUAGCUCGCACUUAUAAGGAAUUGGAAGCAGAGGAAGCGAGAAAGCAAAAUGGAAGAACAGGGAAAGAGAAGCCAUGUCGUUGUGCUAACUUACCCGGCACAGGGCCACAUCAACCCGCUCCUCCAAUUCACGAAGCGCUUAGCUGCCAAGGGCCUCAGGGCCACCUUUGCCACCACCCCCUACACCAUCCUUUCCAUUCGAUCCACCACCAUCGGCCUCGAGCCGAUAUCCGACGGUUUCGAUGAGGGCGGCUUCAGCCUCGCCCCCUCAACUGAAGCCUACUUGGAAUCAUUCAAGACGGCUGGCUCUAAAACACUGUCUGAUCUCGUCCAGAAGUUCAUCCACACCGAGGACCCCGUGACCUGCAUAGUUUACGACUCUCUUCUUCCUUGGGCCAUGGACGUGGCGAGGAAGUUUGGGAUCUACUCGGCUCUUCUGUUGACCGUCUCUGCAUCCGUUAGUUCUCUAUUUUGGCAUAUCCACAGGGGACAGUUGAGCUUUCCGGUGAAGCUGGAGGAGGAUGAUCAGCCGCUGACAGUGCCGGGGAUUCCACCGAUCAGGCAUGGUGAGCUCCCAACCUUCCUUGCACGGCCCGAGGACCAGUCGGCUUAUUUGAGUGUGAUUAUGGGAAUGUAUGCAACUCUCGACCAGCAUGACUUUGUGUUCUGCAACUCAUCUGAAGAGCUGGAGAUUGAGUCAGUGAAAGCAAUGUCCGGGCAAUGGCCGUUGGUGAUGGUGGGCCCUCUCAUUCCUUUGGCCUAUUCAUCAUCACAUCAGAGUGAAGAAGACACAGCCUAUGGAGCCAACCUGUGGGACCCUUCCAAUGAGCCCUACCUCCAAUGGCUGGACCAGAGGGAGCCCAACUCGGUGAUCUAUGUCUCGUUUGGUAGCAUGGCCAAGAUCCCACAGGCCCAGGUUGAAGAAUUCGCCUCGGGCCUGAAACUCACAAACAAGCCCUUCCUGUGGGUGUUGAAGGACUACCCUAAGGACAAACUGCCGGUAGGAUGCCUCGGUUCGGGUGGCGAGACGUUCAGGAGAGGGCUAGUCGUGGAAUGGUGCAAUCAGCUCGAAGUAUUGGCCCAUCGGGCCGUGGGUUGCUUCUUCACCCAUUGUGGGUGGAACUCGACCCUCGAGGGGAUCAGCCUUGGGGUGCCCAUGGUGGGUGCUCCGAUAUGGAGCGACCAACCGAUGAAUGCCAAGUUUGUGGAUGAGGUCCUAGGUUUGGGCGUCCGGGCUAAGAGAGAUGAGGCAGGGAUCCUGACUGCUCGGGAAAUCGAGAGGUGUGUCCAUGAAGUUAUGGACGGGGAGAGGAGCGAUGAGUUCAGAGCGAAUGCGUCGAAUUGGGCUGAGAAAGCCAAAGGAUCAGUUAGUAAAGGCGGUAGCUCAGACAGGAACAUUGAAGAGUUCAUCGCGAAGCUGGUCAAGCGUGGGAGAAAGAUCGAUUGAGAGAUAAUUCAAGGGCUAAUGAAAUCAUUCUAUAACAUGUCUAUUUCAUUCUACAUAAGAAUUCAAGCGGAGUCUGAAUAGCCGUUUAAUGGCAAUAAUUAUGUAAAUCGUAACCUUUUAUCAAUUAUGUUAACAAAGGAGGAUCCUGGAUGUUGCUAUGAGAUCCAUUCAAAA